AGAAAAGGGGAACUGUCAAAUAUUCAAUCUCCAACAACAUAUCACCAAACAAAGAGACCAACAAGCAAAAUACCCGAAAAUACUACGAGUUCAUAAUAUCAUAUGCUAUAUAUACCCUAUAUACUCAGAAGAUAUUUAAUUGGUUAACGAAAUGAAGCGCCUGCACAUCGACACAGACGUGCCCAACUAUCCGAGUGGUAAAUGGUCAUGGGACGAGGAAGCUGAUUGCCUGAAAUUUGUGCCACAUAGCGAGAUGGGGGAAGCGGGGGAACGAUUCGUGCAGACGAAUGGAUUCAAGUUCCUGCGCACCCUCGAUGAGAAGGAGGAAACUGUUUUUCGCCAAAAGUAUGUGCGUCCCGGUGCUAGAUAUGAUUUGGAAACCAUUGGGUUAGACGAUGUGCGUGAUCUGGUGCUCUUCAUGAUGCCAAAAGAGUUUUUGACGAUGAAGUUUGUUCGAUUCGUCCACCAGCCAGCGGUGCACAGGCUGUUUCAUGCUUUAAUUAUUUACUUUAACUAUUUUCUUCAAUUGGUAGAGUUUAUUUUAAUACGACGGGACGAAACGACGGUCGCUUCGCGCCAGAUGCAAACCCACCAGACGAGUGAAGUGAAACGAAUAUGGUCAAUGUACCUGAGCCAGUAUCGCCUUUUAGUAGCCAGGAAUUACAGCAUUAUUUUAAAGAGCGAAGGUGAUCUGAAGCAGUUCUAUCACACAAAGGAGAUCGUCCAUAUCACAGCUAAUAUCGAGGAUCGUGCGUUUCAGAAUCAGUUUUUAGCGUUCACAAUUCAAGUCGUUUGGAUUACCCUGCACAGACGGGCUUAUUUCGUUAUUGAAAUGGAAAUGAAUCGACUUUUCUUCUCCGAACAAUUUUUAUUAAAUGUAAGACAGUAUCCGGAAUUUACGCCUGUCGAGCGAAGCUUCCUCUAUGGCCGCAACAGUAAAAUUGUCAACUAUCGUUAUCAAAGAUCGCCAUUGACUCAAGAGUUGAUGAAUAUAGCCGAUGAGGAUUUGCCAAUACUAUGGAUAGGCGAACGAAUCUAUCGUGGCACCGAUACUCGCAUAUCUGAGCUCGAGCUGGAAUAUAUGGUGCCGGGCGUGCAGUUGUAUAUGGCCGACAUAUCACACGGUAUUCUGGGUCAUCCGAAGUCGCUGUACAACACAAUCCUCAGCUUGGACUGGCCGUCCGUUCGCUACGCGAACUUUUCAAUGAAUUAUGAUCCCUAUUAUAUUGUAAGACAGCCGAACUUGCAUAUACCCAACCUGAACACGAGGACGGUGCGCAGAAUGUCGAAGAGCUUACAGCAGUUCUUCAAAUUAUAUUCCAUCUACGAGCAAACUUCUGAUGAGGUUAUUUUGAAUUGGGUCAAUCGCGCUAAGGUCAUCAAACACUAUAAAGCUGGCAAGUCUUUAGAUGGUGUGGCAAAGCGCCCCACGGAGCAUCCGAAAGAUACGCGAAAUGUGAACCAGAUUGUUGACAAGUUUAUAGAUACUAUGGGAAAAUUACGUAAGGAAAUAGUGAAAGACACGGAGCCCGCUGACCGUGUGAAUGCAGCGCCCCAUUAUGUAAUUAAAGGUGAUGAACGAUAUUUUCGAAAAUAACUGCGAUUUAUAUAUACAAAGGCUCAAGUUUGCAAUUUUGAUACAAGUCGACAAGAUAUCGAUUUUCUUCAAUUUCACAACUGUUGCAUUACACUAUGAUUAUAAUAAACUUACUAUAAAUAA